GUCUAGAUCUAGAAAUCUAGAUCUGGACAUUAUUUAACUAACUUUUGUUUGCGUUUUUAAAUUAUACAGAGCUAGAUCUAUUUUUUAAAUAUGAAUAGAGCAAGGGAAAUAGAUGAUUUCCUCGGGAGUGAUGAUGACGACCUGACGUCAACAAACAGCUUCAACAGAGAGUGGUUGAAGGCAGAUAAUGCCAUGAAAAAUGAUGGCUAUAGAACAGGUCUGGAAAAGGGACAAGAAGAAUGUCUUCAAAAAGGAUUCGACUCAGCCUUUAAAGAAGCUCUAAAAAUGUCUUUAGCUGCUGGAAAGCUGCAGGGAGCUAUAAGUGCACAGUUAAGUUACCAUCCAACAAGAUGUACAGCACCAUCUACAGGAUGUACCUCACAGGAACCAGGAACUACAGUCUCUGCUCUUACAUUACAAGACAUACUCUCAUCCACCUCGGAUCUGAUGUCAUCCAUCCCAUCCCUGAUAAAAGCAGAUCAGUUUAAAACAUACAGCUCUUCACACACGGUGGACACAAAAACACAGUCAGAUCAGGCACCAGCAAACAAGACUGUUGUAGAAGGUAAUGCCAGCUGUGCUCUUGUAAGUCACAUGGAGGGAAAUGGCAAAGAAUCCACUGGCACAGAGCGGAAGGAUAUUUCUUGUGAGGCUCUGUGUAGCAACAAAUCUCAUUUCUGGAGCCAGCUGGAGAACUUUAAACAGCAAGCUCAGCUGGCAGGUCUUACAGCUUUUAAUGAUUGAGUGUUUCCAUAGCAACUAAAUAUUCAAGAGCAGUGACUAACAUUUCUUCUACUCCUGCGAGGCAAAUGUCAGGAAUUCUUUUUUAAAAAUGCCCCCCCCUUAACCUAAAUCAGUAAAAUAUAAAAUAGACUUAUUUUUAGGUUGUUUCCUAAUGUCAUUUAGUUUAUAACAGAAGACAAAACAUUUGGGUGUAAGGUAAGAGUCUCAUGUAUUAAAUACUAAUACAUUAUAAUACUAAUGUAAUAAAAGGUGUGUCUGAUCUAAAUUGUUGCGUACACAUUGAUAAUCAAGGCUCCAGAGUUUGACAAGAUUUAUUUAUGCUGGAUGUUGUAUUUUAAAGACAAAAAUACAUAAGAUAUAACAAAAAUAGAAAACUACAAAAUUGUAUUUUAACAUUGUUAUUGUUAAAACUGUAAAUUACAUGUACACCUGUUUUACUUAAUGUCAGAUCUGUUUCAAAUGUUUUGUUGUACAGGUAAUUGUAAUCUUUGUUGAUUGUAACUCUACCAAUUGGAAAUAAAUUAUUGUAUUUAGGCAUAAAACUCAAGAAUAAAAAAUAUUGAACCCUAGAAUUUAAUAAUGCUUAGAACUGAUUUUGUUCAUUGAGUGGCUGUCCUGUGUGUUGAUGUUAUAACUAGAACAACAUUAUUAACGUGUGUUGAUAGUACCAGUACAUUAUAUUGUAAAUGUUUGCUUUUGUGAUAAUUCAUAUUCUUAUUGCUUAUUGGCUUUUUUUUUUUGUUCCCAUUUUUAGGAGUUUGAAUUCAUUGAAUCUGACAAAAAACUACUGGUUGUGCAAACCUAAGACUAUAUUAUACAGAUUACAUUCUUUUAUGUUUGCAAUGAUAACAUUAAAAGAUGUGUUUUAUACAUAAAUGAUGAAUUAUUGUAAAAAUAUACAAAACCUGAGCAAUUUGAGGUAACCAAUUAACAAAAA